CUUGCAGAGGAGGUCCCAGAAGCACUGUCGUGUAUACGUCGCAGAGGAGAAAAGGAAGGCUGCAUUUGGAGAUAGCAGUCGAGCAAAGGAAGCAAAUCCCUGAGUUCCAGGUACUGAAGAAGGCAGGAGGAAACUCAGAAAGGUACAAAUAAUCCACCUCAGAAGCCAAAGCCAAGCGAGGGUUUGAGAAGACCUUUCAUUUAAUCAUCCACAUGAUCAGUAGGUCCACCCCCACCCCUUAAAACACCAACCACCGCUUGAGCGACAUGAACAGCUCACGUCCUGGCAGCUGCCGGCUACCGGAGCUGCUAGUGCUCCUGCCACUAAGCGUCCUUGGUGCCAUGUCGUCGUUACUGGCACUGGCAGCUGCAGACGAGCAACAACCUUGGCCUAUCACACUACAUCCAAACUGCACCGACAAGUGCGGGAACAUUAGCAUCCCCUACCCUUUUGGCGUCGGACGUGGCUGCUUCCUUGAUGGCUUCCAAGUCACUUGUAACUACUCCUUCAAUCCCCCCCGCCUCUUCCUUGAAGGAUCAUUCCAAUCAAUGGGCAACGGCAGUUUUGAUUCUUCAGGCUCUUUAGAAAACUAUACUUUACCUGAGGAGUCCCUGCCUGUUGAGCUCAUGGACAUAUCACUUGAUCGAGCCGAGGUUCGCGCAUAUGGCUUGGUCAGAUCAGGCUGCCUCACACCAGAUGGUAAUUCCACCUUCCGAAGGUUUCAAACUACACGACUGCAGGAGCCGUUCAUGCUCGCCGCAGGGCGAAAUGCCCUCAUGGGUGUUGGCUGGGGAGUCAAAGUAGACUUGAGUUCUGAUUCACGUGCUGUUAUGCGGACGGAUUCAUCGAAAUACCUGACAUGUCAGUCAGAUGUCGACUCACACUUCGAUUUGGUCAAAGACAAGGAAUGCUCGGACUUUGGGUGCUGCCAAAACGUACUGAAGGAGGGCAACCAUGCAGUUUUUGGAGUCCACUUCUCAUUUGACCAAGUGAGUUCCUGUGUCGGCUGCCCAUGCUCCUAUGGCAUGCUGGUGGAGAGUUCAUUUUACACCUUCUCCACGAAAGACAUAUUUGACUACGAUGUUUUGCCCAAGAAAUACCCCCGGGGCGUCCCAUUCGUCAUCGACUUCGCCAUCCGGAAUGGGUCGUGCCCCGUUGCAGGAGGGCCGCCACCGCCACCUGACUACGCCUGCCGCAGCAGCAACCACGUCUGUGCCAACGCAACCAGCGGAGGCUAUCUCUGCAAGUGCUCCGAGAACUACCAGGGCAAUCCUUACAUCCCCAAUGGAUGCAAAGACAUCGAUGAGUGUGCGCUCCGAGAAAAGUAUCCCGAUAAGCAAAAGGAUUAUCCUUGCUCCAGUGAUGGAAUCUGCGUCAACAAGCCUGGAGGUUAUGAUUGUCAUUGUAAACACGGAAUGAGAGGCGACGGCAAAGCUGGAACUUGCACGGAGCAAUUUCCUCUACGAGCAAAGAUUGCUGUGGGUGGUGUCGGUGCUCUUUUAGCUACAUCAAUCUGUGUGUUCCUCGUACUUCUGCGCAGAGAGAAAAGAAGGAUGAAAGAAUAUUUUGACAAGAAUGGCGGCCCUAUUCUAAAAGAAGUAAGCAAUAUAAAGAUAUUCAAAAAAGAGCAGCUCAAGCCAAUUUUGAAGAGCUGCAAUAUUGUUGGAAAAGGUGCCUUCGGUGAAGUUUAUAAGGGGUUACUUGAUGACAAACAAGUUGCAGUUAAGAAACCUGCAGUUAAUGUUGAUACAGCACAAAAGGGACAGUUUGCAAAUGAGGUCAUCAUCCAGUCACGCAUCAUCCACAAAAACAUUGUCAGGCUGAUUGGUUGCUGCUUAGAAGUUGAUGUGCCUAUUUUAGUUUAUGAGUUCAUCUCCAAAGGUAGCCUGGACGACAUUCUUCAUGGCCACAAAAAGGAAGCUUUGAAUCUGGAUCAACGUCUAUGUAUUGCUGCAGAAUCAGCUGAGGGCCUAGCCUAUAUGCAUUCAAAAACCACUAAUACAAUUCUGCAUGGAGAUGUUAAACCAGCUAACAUACUCCUGAAUGACGAGUUUGUACCAAAGAUUUCUGACUUUGGGAUAUCAAGGCUGAUAGCUAUAGAUAAAGAACACACAGAUGAUGUCAUUGGUGACAUGAGUUAUAUGGAUCCAGUUUACAAAGAAAAAGGCUUAUUGACUAAGAAAAGUGAUGUCUACAGUUUUGGAGUAGUGCUUUUGGAACUCAUUAGCAGGAAGAAAGCAACAUAUGCUGAUGACCACAACAGCUUAGUUAUGAGCUUUCUUGAUGCUCGCAAAAUACAGAGCAGAACAACUGAGCUGUUCGACGAGGACAUUACUAGAACAGCAAGAGACAUAGAGAUUCUUGAGUGCCUUGCAGGGAUUGCUGUCGAUUGUCUGCAAUAUGAUGUGGAUCAGAGACCUGAGAUGACAGAUGUAGCAGAACGUCUUCUCAUGUUGAGGAGAUCUCAUGACAAGUAGUGUGCCGACCAGGUCGUUUGCUUAUUGCCAAUAGUUUGUUGUGUGUUCUGUUAUGAAAAGUUAUAUAUAUGCAGCGAAUAAGCAGGUGUUGAACUAUCAAUGGGCUGGGGUUGUAUUCUAGAUUUUUAGCUUUUGUCUCGCAAGAUAUCGUGCAAAACACAAGCAGGGGUCGUCUCAGUAUUAGUUAAAAUUUGUGUUAUGCUGUAAUUCAUGGAAAAUCUUCGUAUCGAGUUGUUUGUAACAUUUGUCUCCUGAACAUGUAAUGCUGAUUGCUGGCUAUUGACUA